AAACAUUUAACAAGGUGUGGACUUUCCCCGUUUUCAUGCUGGCAUCAUGUGAUCAGGAAGUGUUUCCACCUGGCAGACAGGUGUGGCUCGUUCACUGACUGAAAAGCAGAGGAGCAGCAGAGACCGACAGAGACUCAGGUGGAUCAAACACUCAGGAGCUGAUCCAGGACCAGCAGGCAGAGGGGACGUCUAUCUUUGACCUGCAGAGGAAACAGGAAGUGGGGAAGCAGACAAGAUGGAGCAUCAUUUGGUGGAAAUCCAGAUGACUGACGGACUGAAACACUGUACAGAGACCAGAAUUGGACCUGGUCCAAGUCCUGGUUCUGACUUGCCUGUUCGAGCUGUUUUCAAUCCUGCAGAUCAGAUUCUGUCCACCAUCGAUUCAGGCGCUCUGCUGACUGCUGCCUCACCUGAGGAAGAGGAGGGGGAUGAUGAUGAUGAAGGUCUGAGGAAGUGUACGGUGAGGAUGAAGCCUCAUCAGGAGCUGAAAAACAGCAGCAGCUGUGUUUUACUGGAGAGACAACGCAGGAAACGCAUCACUCAGAGCUGCAGCACGCUACGACAGCUGCUACCCACAAUCCACAGCGGAGGCAUUAACAUGGUAACGGUGCUGAAGACAACAGUGGCUUUCCUGGAGACGGUCCAGGAAUUACUCCCAACUGAAGACCCAAAAAUUCAGGAUCAGUUUGAUAACUUGGAGAAACACACAAGCUGGGGAAUCGACUUCCUGGAGAGAUACAGCAAGUUUGUUAAAGAGAGAGCUGACAUCGAGCUGAGCUACGCCAAACAGAUCAGGAGUCUGUCUAAGAAGUAUCAUCCUAAGAGAAGCAGAGAGGAUGAGAGCAGGUACACCUGGUGUUUGGCGUUUGCGGCGACUCUCCGUCAGCUGAAUGAACUUUCGGUUCAGAGGGAAGAACUCGCUGAAAACCUGAACACACAGAUCGUAUCUGAGAUGACAAGAUACACACAGGAGCUGAAGACUGAGAGAAAGACUCAUUUCCAAGAUGGCCGUCGCGCCCAGCAGCACAUUGAGAGCUCCUGGAAACAACUGGAGUCUAGUAAACGUCGGUUUGAGCGUGACUGUAAGGAAGCAGAGCGAGCUCAACAAGUCUCCGACAGGAUUGACCUCGACAAGACAGAUGGAGAGAAGCGUUGCUCACUGAAGGCUCGUCAGACGGCUCAACAGAAAAAACAAGCUGCUGAAGAGUCCAGAAAAGACUAUGUGACCAGUUUAAACCAGUUUAACCAGGACCAGCACCAGCACUACCACACACUUGUACCAGUUAUAUACCAGCGUAUCCAGGACAUGGAGGAGCGGCGCAUCGAGAGAAUCUGUGAAGCGAUGCGUUUGUCAGCGGAGGCUGAGAGAAAAGUUAUUCCUGUUGUGAGUCGCUGUCUGGACGCCAUGAUGGACGCUGCUGAGGGCAUCCAGCCCAGGAUGGAUACCCGGCAGGUGGUGGAGGUGUAUAAAUCAGGCUUCGACCCUCCAGGUGAUGUCGAGUUUGAGGACUACAGCGCCACCAUGAGGAGGAGCAUAUCUGAAUCCAGUUACCUCGACAACCGAACUGAGGGCCGGAGACACAGCAGGAAGCUGUGGCCCUUUAUACGCAAAAACAAGCUGUUGACCCUCCUCUCCUCCCCUCGGCAGCCUCCCCCUCCACCCCCAACCUCUCCUUCACCUGGGGGCGUGGCCAACAAUCCUCAGUCUCCGCCCCCUGCCUCUAGAGAGCCAAUCACACAGCGGCUGAAUGACCUCAUGACCUCUGGCUCCAGAACCAGGAAGCAGUGUCUGCGCAGCCUAAAGAGAGGGCUGUCACUCAAACUGGGCUCCGGUCCUGCAGACUGCAGUCACCUCCCUCCUGAACAGAGACGAAAGAAACUUCAAACCAGAAUCAACAACAUCAACCAGGAAAUCCAGAGAGAGAGAGAGCAGAGAGAUGCUUUGUUGAAGAUGAGGGAGGUGUAUGAACGAAGUCCUCAGAUGGGUGACGCCGAAAGCUUGGAGCCUCGACUGGAGGAAGUGAAACAAAGUCUGCAGAAACUGGAGGACGAGCUGAGGAGGAACCAAGCAUGGCUGUCGGAGGCGGACAGCAGACUGUCUGAUCACAGCAGUAGAAGACAGAGUGGAGGUUGUGGGUUAAAUUCCCAGGCGACGACACCAGGCAGCAGCAGCCUGAAACAGCUGGACAACCGCAGUCCAGCCAGCAGAGAGAGUCCUGAUGGCAGCUACACUGAAGACCACAGUGCAGAGCUUCACUUUAAGUCUCGUAGUUCAGAGUUUGAUGACGACUUUGAUGAUGAAGAACCGUUACCAAGUAUCGGCACCUGCAAGUCCCUAUACCCCUUUCAAGGUCAGAAUGAAGGCACUCUGUCAAUGGUGGAGGGAGAACUACUUUCUGUGGUGGAAGAGGACAAAGGUGACGGUUGGACCAGAGUGCGGAGGAACUUGGAGGAGGAGGGAUAUGUCCCCACCUCCUACAUCAAAGUCUUCCUGGACAGCAGCGCCAAAGGAUUUGUGCAGAGUAGUCGGCUAGUCUAGCACAGUAAUCGACCAGUGAGGACGUCUCGCCACAGGAAGUGAUGUGCUCUGAGGAAGGCCGGUAACAGCUUUUCAUUGGACAGUUUAACUCUUCAGAUAUCUCGACCAAUCAGAUGACAGACUGCUGUCGAUACGUGAUGGAGGAAAACAUCUACUGGUGACUGAGAAAUCGAUUAAAGAUCAAUCAGAUAUCAGAUAUUAGACAGGUCCUAAACACUCUGAUCCAUAUAAUCUGUAUUUACUGUAAAUCCAGAUUAUCACAUUAAUCAUUACUCAUCACCAGAUCAUCUUUUUUAUCUUUAUUUGUUCAAAUGGGAAUAAAUCCACAUAAUGUUUCAUGAAAGAGUUUUUAAAGAGCAGUUUCAUAACCGGAAUCAUUAAUCAACAGUAAUCAUUAAAUUUAGAUGAAGAAAAUAUGAUGUUCUGAUCAAAUUUAUCACAUGUUUGAGCCCAAAAUUAUGAAUUUAUCUUUUUUGUUCAGUUCUUUAAACAUUUGUUCUGAUGUGAAAACUGAGUUUCUGUAAUUUAUCCGUUUGAAAGUUUUUCUGAUUCCCUGACAAACUGACCAGAGUUCAGUUUAACUUGCUGUAUUCAAACUAUGAGGAAUUAUGAAAAAUCCAAAUGUAAACUUUUCAAAAUGUAUGUUUGUAAAAAUGUUUUAUUGAAAAGAAAAUGUAAAAUGGUGGACGAUCCUUCCUGUUGGCCGAUGAAAACAUUAAAGUUUAAAGAUUAAAGAGAAACUGAACAUCUUGUUUCUGUCCACCUCACAUCUCACUGCAGUGAUGUCACAGUGUGCUCCAGGUUUUGUCAGUACACUGUGACAUCACUGUGGAUGUGGUCAGAAGUGAAACACUUUAAAGGACAUUUUAUACUGUGUGAAGUUUAAACUUUACAGUUUAAAACAAAAGUUUAAAAAAUGUAAGUUUAAACUUUACAGUGAAGUUUAAACAGUGUAAUAUCGACUGUGUGUUAAUAUAAACUGUAGCUGCACAGGUGUAGUCCCGCCCCCUGCAAACCUUCUUAUAUUAGCCACGCCCCCAGAAUAACCAGCCCAUAUUAACCAGCCCCCUGAGCCCAUCCCCCUGCUUGUUGAUCAAUGAUCAUGUUAUUGAUUGUGUGAAAUGUGAAACUUAUUUAUUUUAUAGUGAGAUAUUGAUCAGUUAUUGAUUUUUUUUAUUUUUUAUUGAGACGUGAGGCUGCUGAUUGCGCUCUUUUCAACUUCCUGUGUGUUAAACUUUCAAAAUAAAAUACAUUCUGAAUCAAA